AUUUUGAAUCAGAUGGAUAAGCAUGAUUUUUUCCCAUUUUUAGCAAAGCUGAGAAAUUAUCAACCAAACUAUUCAUUAUUUGAUUUUUUUGAAAAUUGUGACGGGAAUGCCUAUCGAAAUCGUUACAUUGACUUCUAAUGCAUGGCGAAAACGGAAAUCUUGAUUGAAGAUCCGAGCCUUGAUUAUGAGUUAGAUGAAGAAGAUAUACCUAUAUAUGCGAAACAAAUUGGAAUAGAUAUUGAGAAUGAAAAGCAUUUGAUGUGGAUUGCUGAGGAAGGUUUAGCUGCUAAUGUUCCUGAACCCUGGUUAAUUUUAUCUGAUGAAAAGGGCAGAAUUUUUUACAGCAACUUUGAAACUGGAGAAAAAUCUUGGGUGCAUCCUCUUGACAAAGAGUAUGCAGCAUUAGUUAUACAAGAAAGAAGAAAAUUCUUAAGAUCUCCUCUCAGUGAUUGUGGUUUUGAAUCUAAGAGUCCUUUAAAUCCGAUCCAUGAUGGAUCACAGUCUCCAGGACGCUUCCCAAAAGCCCCAUUGCCACAGCUUUCCUCUUUAUCUGAUGCUCCUCCUUUGUCUUCAAGUGACAAAACUACUCCAUCUUCUCUUAAACCAACAAAUAAUACUAAUACUCUUUCUGGAGGAAAACUUGAAUUGGGGCAUUUUGAAAAUCGUAGAGGGACUAAACUUGCACCUGUUAGGCUGAAUACUUUGAAAAUGCCAGUUCCAUCUGCAUCUCCCAAAUCUUCUACUGGCAUGUCAUUUAUGCCCAAAGGAUCGUCUUUAUCAAGGAAUAUCAGGCGAGCCAAUGAAGAAGCACCCCAACAAAAUGAAAGUCCACUUGGAGCUAUAAGAACUCGGAUUACUCCUCCUCAAGAGGAUUUUAAUGAGGAUUUAAAUUCUGAAGAUGAAUCCAAAUAUUCAUAUGAGGAAACAGAUGAGGACAUGGAAAAAAGUUAUGAUCAAUCUGAUGGAGGUUCUUAUUUUUCUCCUCCGCAUUCUACAAUAGAAUCCCCAGAAGCUUUGGAUAUCAAUUCUCUUGUGCAGCUUGGUACUAAACCAGCUCCUAGAUUUAAUGCUGUAAAAAGAGGCCCAAAAUUACAAUCUGUAAAUGAAGAUCCUUCACCAACACUAGGUUUAAGGAAAACUGGCCAGUCAUCUCUUCUAAAGCCCUUGCAACAUAAAAAGAAAGCUACUCCUAAAAAGUUCAAAAAAGCUAAAAAGAUUGAUGAUCUUAGUGAUUUUAAUGAUACCGAAGAUGAUUUUGAUUCUAGAAUUGCUGCUUUGAAUGAAGAGCAAAGGUUGAGAUUUGAAAGCAUCCAGAAGGAAUGGGCUGCUAUGCUAGAAGAGUUAGAAAAACAAGAAAAAGCCAAAUAUGACAAAAUGGUUGAUGAAAGCAACAAAAGAUUUGAACAUGAAAAAGCUAUAAUCAGCAAGGAAACUAAUGAAAAAUUAUCAGAAUUAAAAAUGGAACUUAAGAAAAAAGUUGAAGAAGAAGAAAAUUCAGGUCAAGUAAAUCUUGCUGAAAUGAAAAAAGCCAAUGAACAAAAAUUUAUUGAAGAGGAACAAAAAUUUAAAGAAAAGUUUAAUUCUUUAACAGAUAAUUUAAAAUCUGAAGUUGAAAAGAUGGAACAAAAGAAUACACUAGAAAUAAGUGAGAAAAAGAAGCAUCUUGAUGAAGAGAAUGAAAAAGAAAUUGAGGAGAUGAAAUCUUUGCAGCAGGAACAUAUUAAAAAACUUGAAGAAAGUUAUGCAAAUGAAAUUGCCAUGCUUGAAGAAACUCAUAAAAACAAAAUUGCACAAUUACAAGAUUCAUUUUCAAAGGAGCAGGAUGCUGUAAAAUCUUCGAUUAAAGAUGAUAAUUCAUCAUCUGUUGAUGAAAUAAAAUCUGAAUUGCAGAAAGUACAGGAGUUGUUUAAAGAUGAAAAUGAAAAAUAUCAACAAUUAUCUCUUGAACUGAAAAAAUUAAAAGAAGAAAUCGCUGCAGAAAGAGAAGUCAUGAAAAAGCUUGAAGAAAAAACUGCUUCAGCUCAAACUUAUUAUGAAGAAAUUCAAGAUGAUGUAGACAAAACAGAAAAUGAGUUGGAUCUUCUGAGAAAUGAAAAGUCUGCAUUAAUUUCAGAGUUAAACGUUUUGAAAGAUAAUAUAAAAGAGGAAAAACUGAAUUUAUUGAAAGAAAAAGAUUCAGUAACUUCUCCCAACAAAAAGCCAAAUUGUUUACAAAAAGCUGUUAAUACUGAUGUGUCUUCUGUUUUUACGCAAGCAACUCAGACUAAUGUGGAGACAAGAAAUAUUUCUUGCCAAAUUAAAGAAUCAGUUUCAAAACUGGAUAAAGAUUGUCAGGUUUAUUUUGAAAGAAAAUUAGAAACUUCUAAUUCAUCAUGUCAAGUUGAACUUUUGCAAACUGGUGAACAUAGAAAUGAAACAAAAGUUAAUGAAGUAAAAUCAGAUUUUAUUAGUGCCAAACUUGAUGAAGGUUUUUCUAAAGUGGAUGCAAAUACUAUGCCAAAAAAUGCAUCAUUUGAUAACAUGAAUUUGGAAGUUUUAGUCAAUAAAGUGAUGGAAAAUGCCUUAAUGGGUAUUAGCAGUAAAAUUGAAGGAAGAUUGAAAUUAAUUGAAGAACAAUUAAGCUCUGUUAAGAAAGAAUCAAAUCCUACUGAUCAACAGACAUCCAGUCUGAAUAUAUUGGAUAAGAAUAUCACUACAGAAAUGAAAUCAAUUUCUCAUACUGUACCUCAAAAUGUGUGCAACAGUAAUAUUAAUUCAGCACAAGGUAAUACAUCUCUAUUAAGAACUGCUUUACCUUGUUCAAGCAGUUGCAGUUGUGGAAUGGGAGAUGCUGGCUCCUGCCAAAUUAUGCAAGAUGUUAAGAAUUCUAUUUAUCGUUUAAAUGACAUUUUGAGUUCAAGUUAUGAACCUUCUUUAGGUAGUACUGUGAUAUCUGAUUUUAAUUUCCCCAUUAAUAAUCAUUCUAACUCAUUACAAAGCUUUUACACUCAGUUUCGUCAGUUGCAAGAGAAGCAACGUAUUACAGAGCUUAAACAUAAACUACAAAAUGGGAAUGCUGGUCAACAUUCAAGAUCUUUAAAUGCAUUAGACCAAAGUUAUUCUGCGAAUUUCACAAGAAAAGAAACUCCACAGUUCAACAAUUUACUUAAUGCUAAUUCAUUGUCAUUAAAUUCAGGUGAUGAUCCCAUUACAAGAGCUAGAAAUUUAGUAUUAAGGGAACAAGCUCGUUCGUGGAAGCAGCAGCAACAAUAUUUAAAUUCGUCAGAUAUAAAUGGUUUCCCACCAUUGGAAAGAAAUUACACACCAUCCAUAUCAGACAAUAUUUCACCAUCAGUAUCAUCCAGAAUCUCUCCAGGCUUAAGUGAAAACUCUUCAACAGCUCAUUUUCCUUUCCUAAAAUUUGAACCUGAUCCUGAGACAGAAUAUAAUGAAUGGAUGUCAAGACUCAAAACACUUCAGGAUAAAAUCAGAAGCCAUAGAAUUAUAUAAUGGCAUUUUCAUAAAUGUGUUUUACAAGCAUAAUUUUUGUUAUAAAUUAUUUGGAAUGAUUUUAGUCAAAAAAUGUUUUUUAUGUAACCUUACAAUUUUAUCUAAUGAGCUUUUAUUGUCAUUAUUGUUUAUAAAAAUGAUAUACUUUUUAAAAUUAUAUUUGAAUAAUUAUUCAAUGUUUUGUUAUGAAUUUAUUUUUUAAAUUCAAAUAUAUUAAAUAUGGAGAAAUUUUUAGAUUAGUGUAUAAUUAUGCAAUUCUAUUUUCACUUUGCACAUAUAUUAAUGGUGAUCAUUUUACAUAAUCAUUUGUUGAACAUGUAUUCAUAUAUGUUGAUAUUGUUUUUAAAAACUACACUCUAGUCAUUUUUUUGUGAUAACUUUGUUAAAAAGCUGUCUGAAUGACAGUUCACAAAGUGUAAUGCUUAUUGUGCAGUGAACUACAAUAUCUUUGCAAUGCUAUUGCAUAGUAUUAAUUGUAAUAUCUUUUUAUAAUACUUAUUAAUCAUUUUAUAGCUAUAGUUUUUAAAAUUAAACUGUGAUUUUUUUUUUGUUUUUGAUAAUAGAAUAAUUCAAGAGUGCAAAUAUAAUUGUAUUCAGUUGAUGGCAAAAAUUAGUGAUUCAGUUUUAUUAAUCAAUUAAGAUCUAAUUGUUUAUUUAUUUACAAUUUUUAUUAUUAAUGAAAUCAGUAACAAAUCAACUUUCAUUUGUUUAAAUUUUUGAUAAGUUGCAAAAAUCAU